UGGUCGCCGGGUUUCCAUGUGACAAGGGGAAAUAUGAGGGACUUUGACAGGUCUUAAACGGUCUGGCGCCAAGGCCUCAGUCUAGCCGCUAAAUAUAGCCGGAGAGAUGAUGCAGGAAGAUGGGAGGAGAAGAUGGAGAGAUAAAGGGAAGAAAGGAACAAUGUCGAAGGGAGGGAGGAAAUAACAAUACUUGAUUCUAGACGAAUAUGGCGCAAAACUGCUCCGUUAUGUUGUAAUUAGAGCGUCUUUGGCCAAAUCACCGGGACGGAAGAAAGUUUCUUCACGCACAUGGUCCCAGCUGCUGCUCUGUGUUGUACUGAGCGGACAGAUCAAGGACACAGAGGAGCUGGAGUCAACUUCCUACUGUAUGGAAAGCGUCAUGCAAGCAUUUAAUCCACUUGAAAUGGCUUUCAGCCCCAGAUAACAGGGGCUGACAGGCGGCAUCAAAUAUAUCAAACUGAGGCUUCCAGACUCGCUAGUUUGAACACAUUUCUCGUGAUGAGAGAAUACUUCGUCAACAUUGUAAAUUAUCUUACACGUGGGGGAAAAAAUGGGGACCAAAAUGUGAAAUACGUUCCAGUUGUGAUGUGUGUCUCCACACUUCACUUUGCGCAUCUUGUACCAUUAGCGAUGAUUGCUUCCACAUCCCCUCCACACACGCACGCACACACACACAUACAAACGCACGCACACACACAUCCACACACACGCACACAUUCCCCACGAACAAGUCUGAGGAACACAUCACUGUCUGCUUCCAUUAAUCCCCAACAUAGAGCAUGUGCUAAUCUAGCGGCGCAGUGCCCUUCUAUGUAGAUCCGCGGCUCGGAGCAGUCCUCCCUUCACUUAAUGACUUUUAAAUCGCGCGUAAUGGAGAUUUCUGUCUCCCGUUGACGGCGCAAAACAAAUAAAUGGUGACUAAUUUGAGAAAGCAUUUGUUGAUACAAUUAUCCAGUCGAGUGUCCAGCAGAAUAACCGUUAUCCACCUCCAUAUGUUGCUAAUCUUUUUCCACUUUUUUCUUCUUUCUCUUUUCCAAGUGAAGCUCCGUGCACGCGGCUUCACAGCCUGACGAACUGCCGCCGCUCCCACAGCACUCCUACGCCUCUUCUGUCAUUUCAUAGAUCGGAAGGUGGAGCAUUCCAAAUAAGUCAGCUGUCCGGACAAAUUAUAGCAGAUACACACAUCGCCAUGUAACUCUGGGGAGAACUGUGCGUUAUGUGCCAAACAUUGCUUGAUGAUUUCACAUUAUUCUCACGUGAUGCUCAAAGGCGUUUAUUUAAGUGUUAAAAAACACCUUUUUGUUUGUUUCUUUUUUUUGGUGCACAUUGCCAGUGAGCACAGUUGGUGCUCCGGGUCUUGUGUCUCCUACUGUUUCUUUUCCAGCAUUCUGUUUUGCUGGAGCUGUCAGGCCUGCUGACUCUCUAUACGCGUGGCCGUAUCAAUGUGAUGCAAAGCGAGCAACAAGUGUGUAACAUAGCGGAGAUGUGAAAACACUGCAUGCUGCUAAAUCUUAUAACGUGAUGCAUCUGACACUCAGGCGCAGACUUGCUAGAGUUGCAUUUAUUUUCGUGUCGCAUUGUGUUUAGUGUUGUUGGCUUCACGUGGUUCUUUUACAGUCCCGUGUCAAAGAUGUGCAUGAGUUAUAUGUAUUAAUAACAAUUAUAAUAUUCACAACAUGUCUCCCGUACAAGUGCGCCUGUCGACGGAAGCCGCUCCGUGCCAAAGGGUAGGACAUCCGCAGUUUUCUGUGAAGGUCUCGUUCAGAGGGAUUCUCACUUGUAUCAGUUUGUGUCCAAGUGGCCCCGCAACACGGCGCUCUGCCCGGAGAGAGCAGCUGUUCAUCCACAAAGAUUAUGAAGAAAUAAAGAAAUAAAUCAAUUCACAUCUGACACCGGGCCAUGACCGAGGCAGAAAAGUGGAGCGGAGCGGCAGAUGAGGCUGCUGAGGGGCCCGGAGGGGCUCGCGCGUGCACGACUUCAGGGUAAAUAUAAAGAGACAAGAGAUUGUUCUUAUUGUGGCGCAUCGGCCGACUGGCGCCGAGCGGCUCUUUAACAAACUGAGUCCAAGUUAAUCAAGAGCUGCGGCGCCGGGGCUUUUUACUUCUUUUUUCUCUCUAAAGGAGCUCAGCGGAGUGCAGGGAGGCGGGGGAAGGGGGAGGGGGGUAGAGGGCCCGUGGCUCCCGGAGCCCCGCACUGUCCUUGGUUUGACAAAAUACAACCUGUCGGAGAUUACACGCUGCCACGGCCUCAGAGACUGAGCACUAAAUCAUCUCACAACAACACACACAUCUCCACGCCGUCCAGCAACAGUGUCACAUUAGGGACAAUACAACCGCACUGGCAAUAAUAACAUGUAUCCUCAUUAAUAAUAAAAAAAUUAAAAAUCUAACUCCAAAUAAUGCCACUUUAUUUGCGUUUAAGUUAAACAAGGAAGUUUGUAUCGAAGUGAGCACUCACCGCUUUUCCUUCUCUCUGAAUUUGUCUCUCAAUAUUCACCACCACCAUCAUCUUUCACCUGGUUUCCUCUUUUCCUCCGCGCAGCAUCUGGGUUUGUGUUUUCCAGCCACGUCUCUUUUAUUACGCCGCCGCCUGCGACCGCCGCUGCCUUCCCGUCAGCCCGAUCAGGAAAGACGCGCAGAUAAAUGGCUCUCGCCCGGGGAAGCCUGCAGCCAGGACGCGCGCAGCUAACGCGGAUAGCCCGGCUAGUGUGAGGCAAAUCCAGCAUAAGCGUCAAAACAGCCGAUAACAUGGAAUAACUACAAGGCGGUUAUUAUAGAGAGCCGUCGAGCUCUUUGAAAUAAAUCUCUCCGGAAUGCAGAGCAUGAGCCGCGCGUCGUGGAGUGAGCUACACUGCAGGGAGUUGUUCUAACUGACAGUGGUAAACCUGGAGAACUGGAGCGGGUCCUUUGUUUUGAGGUGAGUAUUACAACUGUGACUGUGGAUGGGCUGGUUUCUCCGGAGGCGACGUUGUAAAAACGCAAGCCGAGAAAGACGAUGCCUCCACCGGCCAAGAACUGAGGGCUGACCCGGCGCUUGGCUUGGAAAUGGGGGUGGGAUUUCCCGAUCUUUCCUGUCAUUGGUUAAUAUUUUAUUCUGUUGACAUGUUUUCUUACUGCUAAUGCUUCCGACACCUUCUUGCCCCCCUCCCAUCCCCCUCCUCUCCUAGAAUCUGACCGGAGCUGUCAGAACCACGCCUAUAGGGGCCCACAAUUGGUCCAGAAAGCGUAAAAUCAGCAAUCAAAGGGGCUUGGUUCAUUAGUGUUGGGGAUGGAGGCAGGAAGGACAUGUGAGAUAGUCACAGAUCUGCAGUGAACGGGGCCACAUCUCUCCAGUCAGUGUGGGAUGACUGAAGCAGGGAAACAGCUUAUUUCUCUGAGAGGCACACAGCGCAGCCGGGCUCUGCCUUCACCGCAGCGCUCCUAUUGAGGGACUCGGCGGACGAGCCGACGGAACAGCACAUCAACAGCAACUCGGGGGCUAUUUUCUCCACCCUGAUAACGCGCCGUGCGCUCGACAACGCGCCGUCCUGUUCUGCACCGCUUUACAGAAAUUAACUGCUCGCGAAGCUCGGACCUAUACUCGGGCUCUGGGUUUGGGGGGAAUUACCACUAAAAUAUCCAUUAUUUCAGUUCGUUUUUUGUGGAUGCACCGAUGAGAGAUCCAGUUUUCACAGGGACUGCAAUGGCUUAUCACCCUUUUCACGCACACCGGGCGACCGACUUCCCAAUGUCCGCCUUUCUAGCGGCCGCGCAGCCUUCCUUCUUCCCGGCGCUCAGCCUGCCUCCCGGAGCGCUCACCAAGCCUCUUACGGACCACGGCCUGGCCGGGGCGGCGGAGGCUGGACUCCACCCGGUCCUGAGCCACCAUCAGGCGGCUCAUCUCCGCAGCAUGAAGAGCCUUGAGCCCGAGGAGGAAGUGGACGACGACCCCAAAGUUAUAUUGGAAGCCAAGGAUCUUUGGGACCAAUUUCAUAAACUCGGGACGGAGAUGGUUAUUACCAAGUCCGGAAGGAGGAUGUUCCCUCCGUUCAAAGUGCGAAUAAACGGACUUGAUAAAAAGGCCAAAUAUAUCUUGCUGAUGGACAUCGUGGCGGCGGACGACUGCCGCUACAAGUUCCACAACUCCCGCUGGAUGGUGGCGGGAAAGGCCGACCCGGAGAUGCCCAAGCGGAUGUAUAUCCACCCGGACAGCCCGGCCACCGGCGAGCAGUGGAUGGCGAAGCCUGUUGCUUUCCACAAACUCAAGCUGACCAACAACAUUUCAGACAAACACGGAUUUGUCCAGACCAUCCUGAACUCCAUGCACAAGUACCAGCCGCGGUUCCACAUAGUGCGGGCCAACGACAUCCUGAAGCUCCCCUACAGCACCUUCAGGACCUACGUGUUCCCGGAGACGGAGUUCGUGGCCGUGACGGCCUACCAGAACGACAAGAUAACACAGCUGAAGAUCGACAACAACCCGUUUGCCAAAGGGUUCAGAGACACGGGGAACGGGAGGAGAGAAAAAAGGAAGCAGCUCACCAUGCCGUCGCUCCGGAUGUUUGAGGACCAGUGUAAGGCGGACCCGGAAGGCGCGGACUCGGACGCCUCGUCCAGCGAGCCUCCGACCCGCAGGGACGCCGUCCACUCUCCGCUGGGAGCCGAUACGAGCCCGCUGAGGUUCAGCAGGGCCAGUCGAGAUGAUAAAACGUGCUCUGACAGCGAGCAGGAGCUGGAGAAUCACAACGAGCGCUGCACUGGAUCCGAAAGCCCGGGACCUGAACCUGUGUCCCCCUACAGCUCCAGGUGUGAGGAGCGCAUCAGAGACAGGCCGAGCACAGAAAAGAAGGAGGACACCUUAUUCACCAUAAGGAACCUUGAGAAGGACAAAGCGGACAAAGGGGACAGCAGGCACAGGAAGGACACUGCGGACGUGUUGACAAAGGACUUGGACGCAGGAGGCAUUAGUGCCACUAAGGAGACCUUCUCCCCUCUCAUGGUUCAGACCGAGAGCCCCUCGCACUUCAGCCCAGGCCACUUACAAAGUCUGGCUCUGUCUGGCCUGCACAGUCAGCAGUUCUUUAACCCUCUGGGUGCCGGAUCACCACUGUUGUUUCACCCCGGGCAGUUUGCCAUGGCCCCAGGAGCCUUUUCUGCUAUGGGCAUGGGGCAUCUAUUGGCCUCUGUAUCUGGAGCAAGUGGUUUGGAAAGCACGGGAGGAAGCCCCAACCCCUUCCCCUUCCAUCUGUCUCAGCACAUGCUUGCCUCUCAGGGCAUCCCCAUGCCUCCAUUUGGCGGCCUGUUCCCAUAUCCCUACACCUACAUGGCGGCGGCUGCUGCUGCGGCCUCGGCCCUCCCAGCCAACAGCCCGCUCUCCAGGAACCCCUUCCUGAGCGCAUCACGUCCCCGGCUCCGCUUCAACCCCUACCAGCUCCCAGUGUCGCUGUCUCAGAGCCUGCUCGCCACUGGGCUGCAGGGCAGCCUGAACCCUGGCUCAGAAUCCUCCAAACCGGGCAGCAGGGAGACCAGCCCGCCUCCAGAGCACCACAGCAACCAUAAGACAGGAGGGUCAAGUGGGAGGGGGGCAUCUCCCAAAACCUCUUUGAAGGACUCAGUGAAUGAGCUGCAAAGCAUCCAGAGGCUGGUGAGCGGCCUGGAGAGCCAGCGGGAGCCCUCCCCACGUGCAGACUCUCCCAAGUGAUGAACACUCUCUGUUUGGGAUGAAGACUUGGCUUGAAGAGGACUAUAGGUGCAUUUGUCCUGUACAGCACAUUGGGGAGACUGGGAGGAAGCUUGACCGAUAUGGGUCCAGUGAAGGCUGAUAUCUGGUAUUUUGGAACAAAGCAGCAGAUAGACAAAAAUGUUGCCCAUAUAAUUCAAUUUAAUCUUUUUUAAAUCCAUAAGUAUUAAGGGUCUCCCCUGGAGCUUACCUGUUAGAAAGGGUUUUGACUAUCACCAGACACUUACUUUCCCCCUGAAUCCCAGUGUGUGUUUUGGGUUAGUGGCUCUUGAAGGCAGGCUCACCCAAAAUAAUAUUAUACAAAAACAAUGAAAUAUAUAUAUAAAUAUGCAACACAUUUUAGACAAUGACAUACAAAAAAAAUGAUGAUGAAACACAGAUCAACGUCAAGAGACUUAACGAUUCCCCUACACAUGUGUAGGCACUGAAACGUUACGGUGUCCAUGGUAUCAGAGGAUGAGUAUCGGCCUCAUCUGUCGGUCCAACCGGCCUGAGAGCCCGCGGCGGAGCGGCGGAGCGGCGCGUUGCGGUCGGUGAUCUUGAAGCGUUUGAGCGGCCCGGUCGCGGCAGGCAGGUCUCAAGCUGCAUCCAAAAACUUCUUCUUUUUUCCAGGCCAGAUUAUUUCAUAAGGCAUGGAAGGGAACGAGCUGCAAGAGGAGGAAAGAACCGCUCUUCAUUUCAUGGCAGAAAAAAAUGAUUUCUGAACUAUUUAUGUAAUUAAAGAUAAAAACAAAUCCUGUAAAUAAAGCUAAGAUCCAAGAAUAUGCAAUUGGUAUUAAUUUAUUCAAGGCUGUAUAUUAGCGUGUAUAUAUUUCGAAUUUAACUUGUUACUUUCCCCCCUCCUCCUCUCCCCCAUUUUACAUGAACUAUAUAUAUGAAAGCUAUUUAGCGCUUGUUGGUUUGAAAAAAAACUGUUUAUGAAGCAUCGCUGAUUUUUAGGUGACGUGUGUGCCAUGUUUUAGUCUGCAUCCACCAACAGAAGGCAGAGGAAAGAGCUCCACAUUCAAAAACACCUCAGGUUAUUUCACUCCAGCCAGGAGACAUUCAAAGCAAUUCCUCCUUCGGGCGCAUCAUUCAUAUCUAUUCAAAAUUAUAUUUAAGGAAGAAAGUAUCUUGUUUAUGCUGGUUGUCCAUUUUUUGUUGUUGAUUGUCUCACAAUUUCAAUAAAAAAAUCGUUGUGCUGAAA